AUGCGUGGUAGAGUAACUUUUCCAUCACCUUCAUGGGACAAGAUAUCUGCCUCCGCAAAGGCACUCAUCCUACUGCUUGUAAACACUGAUAAGGAAGAACGAUUUUCUGCGCAGGACGUUUUGGACAACCAGUGGAUAAAGACCCUCUCUGAUGUGCCUUCUGAUUUCGAGUCUAUGGCCGAGUUUAUCGUUGAAUCACGAAUAGAUGCAGAUGCUGAUGUCGAGGAGACGGAUCGGGAGUACUUUAUGAGCCGACGAACUAGCAUGGACGAUUUGAGCGAAAGCGGACGAGCUGAUAGCUAUGAGUUCACAUUUUCUCGGAAUUACAGCUGA